AUGGAACCAAGCCAGCCCGUAGCCUCUCUACCGCCCAGCGAUGCGUUAGGCCUGUCCCGGUCCGACGAAAACAACGCGGCGAGAGGCGAACGGGUGAAACAGGAACCCAGUGACGUCAACGAAAACCUACAGUACCAGCAUCAUGCAGCCUGCAGAGUGAAGAUCAAACGAGAGAACGAGCGGCGGGUGGCCGAACGGUUGGCACAAAGGGAACAGCAGCUGCUCCGGGAACAGGGACGUCAAGAGAGCAUUCAGAGAGCGAGGCUGGAGGAAGAGGAGCAGCGCCGACAAGACUACCAGCAUCGUACAGCCUACAGAGAGCAAAUCAAACGAGAGACCGAACAAUAUGCUGCCGAGAAACUCGCUCAAAAGCAACAGCAGCUGCGCUGGGAACAAGAACGUCAAGAGAGUAUUCGGAGAGAGAGGCUCAGGGAAGAAGAGCGACGCCGACAAGAGCACCUCCGCCGAGCACAGUCGGGACAGAGACCCACCGCAUGCUGCUUCACUUGCAGGCGACCGAGCGUAGACCGCAGCUGUGGGUCCUGUGAGAAAGCCACGUACUGCUCGCGCGCUUGCCAGAGAGACGAUUGGUCGAGGCACUGGAAUCAGUUCUGCUCGAAGCGCCUGGUCGACCCCGGACCAGCCAUUUCUGAUGCGGCUCCUGAGUCGCGCUGUCAGCCCCGUGGUUCUGGUACUCAGGGCCCCCGUAUCGUGCCGUAUCCGACAAUUGAUCGCAGUCGCCAUCGCAUAGAAGAUGAGGCCCGCGAGGAGACUGGUGAGGCCAGCGAGGAGAGUGACAAUGCCACCGAUGCCGGUGCUGAAGGGACGGAUUGCGAGGGGGAUGGCGAGAUCAAUGACGAGACAGGCAUGAAGACGGACGGUGUUGGGGACAAGGACGGGGACGGGGACGAUACCCAAGCAGAUGGACAGGCCGAAAAUGAAAUAGUGCAGAGGCUUUUGGCUCUUCCACCCAUCGAUUACCCUCCGGAACAGCGCCAGAUGACACCGAAAGCGUUGUCCUGUAAGCUCAUGUCGCACCAACGUGUUGGCUUGACGUGGUUGAUGGACCAGGAAAAGGGCAUCAAUAAGGGUGGGAUACUCGCGGAUGCCCUGGGACUAGGCAAGACGAUACAAGCACUCCCUCAUACUCGCGCAUCCAGCGGAGAAUAG